AUGUUCAACAUUGGUGAACUUAAGAAAUUACACAAUAUUCUCAUGGUCAAAGAGAAAGAAUUUAUAUUUGAAAUUGACGGAACGAGUUUUAUCAAAUGGUUUAAGCCGGAUACAAAACUUGAAGAUGUGCGAAAAAAGUUAGCGGAAGGACAAGAUGGCUGGGAUGCUGAAAAACUUUUGUUUAAACAAGGCAAAAUACAAAUAUACCAUGAAGAUGAAAUUCAUUAUAAAUUAGAGAAAAUUCAAUCUCGUAUAUCCGAUAAAUAUAUAAUAUAUGUUGAGAAUUUAAUGAAAAAAGUUAAAACUCAUGUUGAUGAUGAAGUAUUUUCUCUCUCAUUGGAUCCUAAUGAUAAACUUGAAAAAAUUCGCAUAUCACUUUUAGGAAACUUUGCAAAUUUAUUUACAAAAGAAUUCAAUUUUAGAUGGAAAAAUGGAAGAAUUGUUGAUAAAUGCGAAGAAAUCACAAAUAAUUUAGAAGAAAUUUUAAUGAACAACAAUGAAUUAUAUAUUUCCAUAUUGCAGGAAAGUGAGAUAACUAUUUGUAGUAGUCAUGGUGGGGAUUUUGAACAAUCUAUACAUACUUUACAUAAAGGGAAGAAACUUACCGAAAUCAGGGAAGAGCUUGAACAAUGCUUGUGUCCUGAUUUUUGUUUUUUAAAUCUGGAAAAAGCCCGUAUUCAUAAAUCCGCUGAGGAUAAAUUAAUGUUAGGUCAAAUUUUAUUAAUCGGUAAAAAUGGUCAAAAUGUCUUAAAUAUUCGUCGUGAACAUGAUUAUUAUGAUUUGGUGAAACUAAUGAAUAAAUGUGGAUACGGAUUUAUAAUUAAGAAUAGUUCAGUAGAACAGGCUGAAUAUCGCGCAUUUACAAUUACAAAAACACCAGACCAACACAUAUUUGAAAAUAAAUAUGAUGAAGGUACGCUAAAAUGUAAAAAUGAAUUUCACGAAUUAUGUGAACGAAAUUUUAUCACAUUUAUAAACGCCACUUUUACGUUGCCGUGGGUUUCCGCCUUCUUUGGGGUUAAUAGAGAAGUCUCACUUAAAAAAUUAGAAAAUUAUGAAGAUGUUACAGAAUAUUCAUAUAUUAAGAUGAGACGUGUGAGUGUAAACAUUUCAAAAAAUGUUAUCUCUGUAAAUAAAGAAUUUAGUGAUGAUGUUGAAAAGGCAUUAGAGGAAAAGACUCAGGAUAAAAGAGUAGAAAGUCUUAAAAAGAUAGCAGAAAAAUACGGCUAUUUUUAUGCAAAUUCAGUAUAUUUUGGAGGUGUUAUUGUUAAAAAAAAAGAAAAAACGAAAUACUCAAAUGAGCACUCAAAAGCUAAAAAAUUAGAAAUUACGGCUAAAACUAGUCCGCAAAAAAUAAUUGAAGCAUGCACAGGUUCUAAUUCAAAAAUUUGUCAAAACAUUAAAACAGUGACUGAUAACAGUAUAUCUGGUGGUACGAUAAAGGGAGGUGAUUUGGCAAAAUUCAGUUUUGAUAAAUUUGUUGAUUGCCAUGAUUGGAUUAAUUCACUCAAAGAUCCUGAGACCUGGGGUAUAAUUGAGUAUCAUCAUAUUAAUUCAAUUUUUAGUUUAUUGGACGAAGAUUUACAAACAAAAGUCUUAGAAGCCUUGGGAAAAAGAAUUUUAAGGGCGGAGGUUAAUGAAAUUAUGUAUCAAACAGAAAAAGAACAAUAUAUAUAUGAAUUAGCUGAAAAAUUGAGUGAUAUUCCUAAUAUCAAAGAUUGCCAAAUAUUCACCACGAUCAUGAAAGAAAAAAUGGAUAGACAUAUAUUUUCUACAUGUGUAUCUUAUGAUGGCUCAUCCGACAAACCAAUAAUUAUUAUUAAUCGUACUCCAAGUAAAAAAAAGCCUAAAAGAAAAUAUAUACCCGUCCGCAUCGGAUGGAUAAUUGUAGGGUAUCCAACAGAUACUUUUGACUUCGAUCUGUCAAAUCAAGUUGUAAUUGAAAGCAGAAAAUGUGGAUUAAAGCAAUAUACUAUAAAUAAUAAUGAUUUUCCACACCUCAAUAAUUUACAAUUUAUAAAAAAAUAUGCAUUAGCUACAUGUGUCUUAGAUAAAGUGGAAACAACUACACAAGAAAAUGCAAGCAAUUCAUCAAUAUCAUCAAUAAGUGUUACGAGUCAGCUAAAUGCGCGUGAAUUAAAAUUGGUAGUUGGGUCUUAUUUUUCUCGUCCACUGGAUUCUGCAUGUUUAUUUGCUUACUGUUCUAAAGACCGUAAAAAACAAUUAAGUCGAAAAGAUGAUCAAAAUGACUCAUUCUUACAACAUUUAAAAUUAUUUAUUUGGUAA